AUGGAUCCAAACCUAAAUGAAUUCAAUCUCGAAUACUUCCAACAAGAAUGGGAGUUAGAAGAUAAAAUGUUUGAUAGGCAACAAGAACUGCUUGAAGAGUUGCUUAGGAGAGAAGAACAACCGCGCAAGAGAAAGUCCAUAUAUAGAGAUCAUCAAGCAGCGCAUGAGAGGCUCAAGGCCGACUACUUUGCCGAAUCAUGCACAUACACUGAUGCCCAAUUUCGACGAAGGUAUCGAAUGAAUAGGCCUCUCUUUCUACGAAUUGUGGAUUCUAUGUCAAAUUUCGACGUUUACUUCACACAACGUCGUAAUAAUGCGGGCAAGCUUGGUUUAACCCCUAUCCAAAAGUGUACUGCUGCCCUACGCAUGCUCGCAUAUGGAGUAGCAGCUGAUGCUUGUGAUGAGUACGUGAAGAUAGGAGAAUCUACUGCGGUUGAGUGUACUCAGAGGUUUUACGAAGGGGUAAUAGCCUUGUUUCAAGAUGAAUACUUAAGACGACCCAAUGUGCAAGACUUGCAGAGGUUAAUCCAAGUUGGACAAGAGCGUGGUUUCCCAGGGAUGAUUGGAAGUAUCGAUUGCAUGCAUUGGGAAGAUGAAAUAAUGAGGGCGUGCAUUAUUUUACAUAACAUGAUAGUGGAAGAUGAACGAGAUUCGUAUUCGCGAAACUGGGAAAAUAUCGACUUUGAACCGUCAAACAAUCCUAGCUCUUCCGCCUCUUCCAGUGUUCAAACAGACGUAUUGCCUGAGUUUCAAGUCCAUGUUCGAGACCGAUCCGGAUCGGAUAAUCAUACUAGAGCCGAACUACGAGAUAGGAGCCAACAUAUUCAGUUGAAAAAGGAUCUCAUCGAGCACAUUUGGCAGAAAUUUGGAAUAACCUCUGAUUAG